AUGGUGAAGUACUCCAGGGAGCCCGACAAUAUCACCAAGUCCUGCAAAGCAAGGGGUUCUGACCUCAGAGUUCAUUUCAAGAACACGAGGGAAACUGCAUUUGCUAUCAGAAAGUUGCCCCUAGUCAAGGCAAAGAGGUAUUUGGAGGAUGUUCUGGCCCACAAGCAGGCCAUUCCCUUCCGCCGUUUCUGUCGUGGUGUUGGGCGUACUGCUCAGGCAAAGAACAGGCAUUCCAAUGGACAGGGACGCUGGCCUGUCAAAUCUGCCAAGUUCAUAUUAGAUUUGCUUAAGAAUGCUGAGAGCAAUGCUGAAGUGAAGGGUUUGGAUGUUGAUUCGCUAAUCGUAUCUCACAUCCAAGUCAACCAAGCACAGAAGCAAAGGCGCAGAACCUACAGGGCUCACGGAAGAAUCAACCCCUAUAUGUCAUCCCCCUGCCAUAUUGAGCUGAUUUUGGCCGAGAAGGAAGAGCCAGUCAAGAAAGAGCCUGAGAGCCAGUUGGCAACUAGCAAAUCUAAGAAGUCUCAAGCUCUUCGAAGCGGUGCUUCCUCUUAA